AUGGUUCUGGAUAUUUGGGCUUCAUCUUCAGUCCCACCUGGAGAUCUUCGCACCCCAGGAAGUGGUCAUGGCACUCCUUUUCCCCAGCCACCCAUGCCACCCCACUUGAUGAUGCAGCUAGAUGUCAUGGCUCACCUCACUGGUGUUCAAGCACAUCACUGGUUGGGGAUAAAGGGCUGGAUUGGACUUCACCUCUCCACACUGACGAAAUACAGACACAGAGAUGUCAUGGCUCACCUCACUGGUGUUCAAGCACAUCACUGGUUGGGGAUAAAGGGCUGGAUUGGACUUCACCUCUCCACACUGAUGAAAUACAGACACAGUGAAUGUGUGAUCAUUGGAGAGAAAAGUAUUGGGAUAAGUGUCUCGGCAGCCGCCUGGCGGCGUCAGGCAGCGGCCCAGGAGGCGGGUCACAGUGCUCGGCCUCGUGGCGGCGGCAGUGGCCCAGCCAUUGGCGGCGAGCGCAUUUGUGCCUGUGUGCCAGGACCGGACAAGGGUUUGGUGGGUGGCGAGAAGCGCACUGCCGCCUCUUCGGCCACAGGCUCAGCCACGGGUUUGGCCUCUGCCUCAGCCUCGUCACCCGCGGGGGGCAGCGGCGAGGCACUGGAGUUGCUGGACCACUGCGAUGUGUGCCGGGAGCGCCUGUGGCCAGAGUGGGAGCCGUGCCUGCUGCCCUGCCUGCAUUCAGCCUGCAGCACUUGCCUGGGGCCUGCAGCACCCGCCGCCGCCAACAGCUCCGUCGGUGGCGCAGUGGGUGAUGGCGCUGUGGUGGACUGUCCUGUGUGCAAACAGCAGGGUUUUUUCAAAUACAUUAUGGAGAAUCAUUUUAUACAGAGAGUCUGGCUGCGGAACUUGACUCGCCGGGUGUGCGCGUCUGCUCGCUCUUGCCCUCUGUGCGUGUGUGCGCCGGGGCCAGCCAAGUCUCGAGAUGGUGAGCGCACAGUCUAUUGCAACGUGUACAAGCAUGAACCCCUCGUGCUGUUUUGUGAGAGCUGUGACAUUUUCACCUGCCGGGACUGCCAGUUUAAUGUCCACAAAGAUUACCAGUACCAGUUCCUGGAGGAUGUGGUGAGGAACCAGUGCAAACUCCUGGCCUUCCUGGUGAAGCGCCUUGGGGACAAAAAUGCCACCCUGCAGAAGAACAUCAAGGAGGUCCGCAGCUCGAUCCACCAGGUGUCUGAUGUGCAGAAGCGUGUGCAGGUGGAUGUCAAGAUGGCCAUUUUGCAGAUCAUGAAGGAGCUGAAUAAGCGAGGCCGCGUGCUGGUCAAUGAUGUCCAGAAGGUGACGGAGAGGCAACAGGAGCGCCUGGAGCGCCAGCACUGGACCAUGACCAAGAUUCAAAAGCACCAGGAGCACAUCCUGUGCUUUGCCUCUUGGACUCUGGAGAGUGACAACAACACAGCACUGCUGCUGUCCAAGAAAUUGAUUUACUUCCAGCUGCAUCGGGCUCUCAAGAUGAUUGUGGAUUUUAUUGAGCCACAUGGUGAGAUGAAGUUUCAGUGGGACCUCAACACUUGGACCAAGAGCGCAGAGGUGUUUGGCAAAAUUGUGGCAGAGCGUCUUGGCACCAACUCAGCAGGCCCUGCACCCAUGGCCCCUCCAAGAGUCCCAGGACCUCUGAGCAAGCAGGGGUCUGGAAGCAGCCAGUCCAUGGAUGUGCAAGAAGGCUAUGGCUUCGAGUCAGGUGAUUUUUACACAAGUGCAGAGCCCCAUGCUUCAGGCGUGAAGCAGUCCCGCUCAGGUGAGGACGAGAUGACCAGCCUCACGCGCAAGGUGCGACGUGUGAGCCUCAAAUGCCUGGAACUGGACUUUACAGCUGACAGCCAGUCACCCAUCUUCAAGGUCUUUUUAGGCUGCACUACUGAAGAUUACAACGGAGCGGGGGGGGGCCCUGCCGCUGCAGCUGCUGGCCAGCCUGGGACUGCACCCCCAGGGACACCUGGUGCCUUGCCCCUGCCUGGCAUGGCCCUGCAUCAGCACAGCACGGGAAAUUACAAGCACACCCUGCAUUUUGCACCGAAUAAAUUCAAGGUCACUGGGGAUGGCAGCAGAGCGUGCGCUCUCCAGGCAUCCCAGUGUCCACGCCCACCCGUCGCCCGCGCCCACUGGGUAGGGGGCUGUGCGGGCGCCGGGGCGGGCCAUGGGCGUUCCCGGCCCGAGCAACCUGCAACUUCCCGGUGA